AGUGACAUGCUUAAUCAUCUGUGGUACCGCUCCGUUCGGAUUCUGAACCAGGAUAUAUGAACGCCUUCCGAUUCCUUCUGUACAGUUUCUAACAGGUUACUCAGGACUGAGUGUGUGCGUUGCCUGCUACCAUUGGUGUGUAGGGCGUGGUAACGAAGGAUUUCCCGAUUGUAAAUGAUCAUGCCGCUUACCCUUGAUUGCGCCGCGAAGUGCAGAAUCUUCUGUUGAAAUAAACCCAGCGUCAUUCCCCUCAAAUUCUCACGCAUUCUGACAUCGAAGAGCGAGGGACAGCCGCACUACUCGGCAGCUACAGUAUUCGUUGUUUUAACGGGAAUACCCAACGACUUUGCAAGGUUGGAGUUACUGACAUUUUUCUGGAAUAUUCGGUGACUUCGAAAGUCGACGACACACCGCACCGCACCUCUUUGGAGUUUGACCUCGAGAAAAGCUUUUCAAGCUCAACUGAUCCCGGCCUGAUCCGUUCACCUGUGGGCAAGAACUGGGAACCCCGACCGCCUAUAUAGACACGAGCAUAUGCUGGGUAUUAUGAAGCCGCAAAGGAUAAACUUUACGGGGUUGAUAACAAUUCAAAAACAUCACACCAUUUCGACUUCAACGAUGAGCGUCAACCCCAUACGACAAUCUGCGUUGUUGAUGGCAACGAUUUCCGCUGCGCAUGUGUCGACGGUUAUACACCAGUCGGGAUUAAUGCAUACCGAUGAAUGCAAAACCGGACAACACAAGUGUCAUUUGAAGAUAGCGGACUCUGUCUGCGUGAAUACGGACGGUAGUUACCAAUGUAUCUGCGAUCAAUACCACCUCCUUAGUGGGGUAACCUGUAUAAAAACGAGUGCCUGGAAAACAACGGAGACUGCGGAGAAAAUGCAGACUGCUUCAAUCAAAUUGGAACACCUCCGGUUUGCAAGUGCAAAAACGGCUACUCUGGUUAUUCUGACGCAACUGACGAGGAGCAUAUUGGAUGUACCGUGUAACAGUGAAGAAGCUUCGAAAGUUUCGCGUUCUGUUUCCGGCGUUGUGCUGCGGUAUGGCUGGACAGAUUUGGACGAGUGUUCGCAAAGUGAUGCAGAGACUAUUUGCCCAGAGAACGCCUCGUGCGUUAACACUGUUGGAUCGUACAAAUGCAACUGCGAUCCGGGCUACACGAUGACCGCCCAAAGCAAGUGCGAACCUGUCGAUCUCUGCGAAGUGCACAAAACUGAUUGUGACCCUUAUUUUGCCGACUGCAUCCAAUCCGGAGGUACAGCGACGUGCUACUGCAAGGCAUACUUUACAGGAUCGGGGAAAUCCGGCGACUGUGUGCCCAUGACUGGACAUGAGAACCUCGCCUGCACACUGGAGGGGACUUCGUGCACGUCGUAUGAGGAAUGCACCCGGAACAUCACUGCAGGAACAUACAGCUGCCGCGCACUGAGAAAAACGCGAGAGUCAUCCGCAGCAGGUGCAGUCCCUACUGACAUUGAGGCGCUCGUAGGGAUUGUUCGCGCGAAUGCUGCCGCAGAGUCUCGUUUCAAAGCAAUUCCGUUGACACCUAGAUGUGACCAGGACGCAAACGACGUAGGCAUUGACGUAUUCCAAUAA